AUGCUUCUGAACUGUGGUCAGCCGAUGCCUCUUCUGAGUCACACAGAUGUGCCGCCUCGGGUUACAGAAAACUUUAUCCUGAGUGGCUACCGUUUCCCGAACUACAGCCUAUGGGACUGCUUAUGGUCAGCCUUCAGACCCACAAAUGAAACUGGCAACUUUUGGACACACUUCCUGCCCGUUUUCAUUUUUGCUUAUUAUUUUGUGGAGGUGUUUGGUUGGGAUGAUGUGCCUGAUGCUGAUGCCCCUUUCUUUUAUCCACUGUGGACCUACUUCAUUGGGGUGUUCUGUCUGCUGAUGGCCAGCAGCAUGGCCCACCUGCUGAACUCUAUGUCUCUGGUAGUCAGAGAGGUUUGCUUCUUUGUGGAUUACGGUACAAUCAGUGCCUACACUGUCGGUUCAUCACUGGCAUACUACUACUACAUUCAUCCUCAAGCAGGGAUAGUGAAAAAAGGAAACCACGAUGACACCCAGAUAGGUUUGGACCAAAACCACGAGAGUGUUCUUACAUCUUACCAGUUCUUUGAGACCUUCUACAUCCCGUGUGCAUGUGUUAUAGCUAUCAUUUGCGUCUUAUCUUGCUGCAAUACUCGCCAGAGGUGGAGGGAGCAUCGAUACAUCAUACGAACCCUGGUUUUCCUCCUCCCGUUUCUCAUCUCUUCCACUCCUGUUUUCUACCGCCUCCUUACCAGGUCACCAUACUCAAACACCUCGUCCUCCUUUGCUGCUUCCACCACAAUGCCCAGUUUCUUCGUUCGCCACUCUGUCUGGCUGCUGGUGUCCGCCCUAUUCAACAUCAGUAAAAUCCCCGAGCGGCUAGCCCCGGGUCGUUUUGACAUCUGGGGCCAUAGCCACCAGUGGUUCCACUGCUGUACCUUUUUGUCCAUCCUUGAUGAACUUCAUAUGAUCAAAGCUGAGGUGAGAGCUAUCCUUCUCCAUCCUGAUUUACUCUUGCCCCCCACCCAAUUCUCACGCCUACCUGGACCUACUGUUGCUUCUACCUAUGGAGUGAUGCUCCUCCUUCAGACCACCAUUGUCUCCAUCAUCAUGUGGUUCUCCUGGCAUGCUAACUGCAUCUAUGGGCCCCAGAGAGAUCAAACAGAGAAGGAGCAGCCUAAUGAACAUCUAAAAAAGCAGUGAUCGCAGAAUUUAUUUUAUCAAUGGUCAUGACUGCGAAGUACCGUUUGCACAUGCUUACAAAGCC